CCUCCCCCCGCUUAUUUGGGAGAUUAGAGUUCAUUAAUUAAGUCCUGUGCUUAGAUCGAACUGUAACGUUAUUCCAAUCACAUUUAUCUUACAGGCGGCGGAGGAGAUGGCAGCCUAGCUGGAAACGCGCGGGGGAGCCUCAGCCGGCGGCCGGGGACGCACAGCGCGGCGCGUUCCAUCGCCACGCCGCCGCGCAGGCCCUCCAUCUUCCUGCCCAGCCUCCUGGCCCCGCUCGGCCCUGCCUUGGGGGUCGGCUUCUCUCUGGGGCUCCUGCCCUUCCUCACCUCCCGGGCCUCCGCCGCUCCCCUGCCCGGUCCCCCUCCCCCGCCACACACGCUGACACGCGCGGGCGAACACACACACACUCACACACUGACACGCCAGCGAGCUGCUGGCCGCUCAAUGGACCGAUUUCCCUGCUUCCCUUGAUCCCAGCCCAGCCCGGGAUGAGAAAUUGCAAAAUGGCCCGGGUCGCCAGUGUGCUGGGACUGGUCAUGCUCAGCGUCGCCCUGCUGAUUUUAUCGCUCAUCAGCUACGUGUCCCUGAAAAAGGAGAACAUCUUCACCACUCCCAAGUACGCUAACCCGGGGGCGCCCCGAAUGUACAUGUUCCACGCGGGAUUCCGGUCACAAUUUGCGCUGAAGUUUCUAGAUCCGUCAUUUGUGCCCAUUACGAAUUCUCUGACCCACGAACUCCAAGAGAAACCUUCUAAGUGGACAUUUAAUCGGACAGCGUUUUUACAUCAAAGGCAAGAAAUUCUUCAGCAUGUCGAUGUAAUAAAAAAUUUUUCUUUGACCAAGAAUAGUGUUCGGAUCGGACAACUGAUGCACUAUGAUUAUUCCAGCCAUAAAUAUGUUUUCUCUAUUAGCAAUAACUUCCGAUCACUGCUUCCAGAUGUGUCACCCAUUGUGAAUAAGCAUUUUAAUAUUUGUGCUGUGGUUGGAAAUAGUGGGAUCCUGACAGGGAGCCGGUGUGGACAAGAAAUAGAUAAGUCAGAUUUUGUUUUCCGUUGCAAUUUUGCCCCUACGGAGGCUUUCCAAAGAGAUGUUGGAAGGAAAACCAACCUUACCACCUUCAACCCCAGCAUUCUGGAAAAAUAUUACAACAAUCUUUUGACCAUUCAGGACCGUAACAACUUUUUCCUGAGUUUAAAAAAGCUCGAUGGGGCCAUUCUUUGGAUCCCUGCAUUUUUCUUCCACACUUCAGCAACUGUUACCAGGACAUUAGUUGACUUUUUUGUUGAACACAGAGGUCAGUUAAAGGUCCAAUUGGCUUGGCCUGGAAAUAUAAUGCAACAUGUCAACAGGUACUGGAAAAACAAACAUUUGUCACCCAAACGGCUGAGCACAGGUAUUCUCAUGUACACCCUUGCAUCAGCGAUGUGUGAAGAGAUCCACUUGUAUGGAUUUUGGCCUUUUGGAUUUGACCCCAACACAAGGGAAGAUCUUCCAUACCAUUAUUAUGACAAAAAAGGGACCAAAUUUACCACCAAGUGGCAGGAGUCACACCAGCUGCCUGCCGAGUUUCAGCUGCUGUACCGAAUGCAUGGGGAAGGGCUCACCAAGCUGACUCUGUCACACUGUGCCUAAGACUCUGAACAGAAAGUGCCAAAUGGCCAUUUGAAAAGUGCCCCAAAUCAAACGGAAUAGUCUUCAGAAUAGAACCCUAGAGAAUUCCUUAUAAAGACUGUCUGCCGCUUAAAAGGAAAGAUCUCUUCUCUCCCUCUUUUUGCACCUGCUCUCUUAAGAGUCUUGGCAAGACAAACGAAUUGAAGCCACAUGAUGUAAACUUGAUUGAUAAAGGGAAUGUCGCAUUGGGAACCAUGCUGCUAACGAAAUGGUCGGAAGUAUUUUAGUGUUUGUAUUUUGAUAAUAAACUGCCUCCCAUGUUUUUAUGAGGACGGGAGCUGUCAUUGCUGCAGCUUUGAGAUACAGUCCUCAUUGUCACAGGCCUCUGGCCAAUUUGGGCAGGAUUUCAGUUUUCCCUGGGUGGGAUCAGACUCUUCAAAAUGGAAACAAAAAAACCAUUUGCGUAUCUCAUCUCUCUCUCUCUCUCUAUUUCUCGCUGUUGUUCUCAAUCUCUUCCCUACAAUCCCUCGCCCCACCAUUGUGGAGUUUAAUAAUUUGCUAGGAAUCAUAUUAAAUUAGCUUUGCUUGUAUGUGUUGCAUCUGUACUUGCUUGAUGUGUUUAAGGCUCUGGGUAACUUUGCUGUUUCGUGACAAGCUGACCAAAUGAUGAUGGAUCCCCUUAUGACUACUUUUAUUAGAAAUGCCUCUUACAAAGUUCUCACUAGUCCGUGCCAUCAUUCGACAGCAGAGUGGUCCCUCUGUGCUGAGUGGCAUCUUUCACUAUCACAAAGAAAAUGAAUGUCAUGGGUGGCACUGCAUCUCUUGACACGAAUGCUAUUGUGGCAGAUCAUUCUAUCGCCACAUCUGUGAGGGCAUGCCAGCCUGAGUUUAGUGCGUCCCACAAUCCCAACCCAAGAGCUGGGUUGGGCAUUCUCUCAGAAUAUAGAGGCAAUGAGUCAGCUUAAGAUCCUGGGACACAGAGAGGAAAAGGAAGAAAAAUACUUAGAAGUUGCUAUGGAAUCCCCAUAUACCCUAGAGCGUUGUAACCAUGGUGCCCAUUCAGAGACACCUGGUCUUUGAAAGCCAGCAGAGUUGCAGCAAAGUAGAAGACUGGAGGUUGAUCAGGACAGGCCCCUGUGGGAAUAGUGCUGAGGUGAGGUCAUCUUCAGUGUCCCUGUGUCCACCAGCACCACUCAGAACCAUUUGUUCUCUUCAAGAUAAUUGUAGACACUGGAUAGUCCCUUUUCCCACUGAAAUCAGAUCUGUAUGUCUAAAAAUUAAGGAUUUCAUAAGGAAAAGCCAUUGGGUAAUGGCAAGAUUUGAUACAAAAUAACCCUUGGAAUUUAAGCUGUGUAGAUCUGCCAUGAGGGGAUUAGUUGGCCGUUCUGUCUUUUUUUAGUAUUAUUAUUUCAGCUUUAGAAGUAGAAAUCACAUCACUCCCACCCCGGGCUUUUCACUGAGCAGCACUUUGUUCUUCCAGUUCGGCCCAAAGUCUGGCCAAGUUGAUGUUAAAUUUUAAUAAGAGUUUCUUUCUUCUUUCCAAAUGCCAGUCAAGCACAUUUGUAAUACAUUUGGGUGGGGUAGCUUGUUCUUUUCCAGAAGUCUCAUCCUAGUCUGCUUGUAAUGUUACAAAUGCCGUUUAGAAUAAUUGCCGUAGCUCAGUGAUCGGCUCACUGUCCCUCUUUGGGAAGGUAUAAUCAGGCCCCCCGUUAAACCGCAUACAAUAAGAAAAGACGUUGUGUCUUAUGCUCAUGUGCCUCCUGGUCCUAAAGGGGAGAUGUCUGGUUCUAAUUGUUUUCAGAAAGCUAAUCAGAGCAGCUUACAUAUAUCCAGAUACUAACUGGUGAAAGAAAAACCAUACAGGCUUGGAGUUGCUGCUAACUGUGGCACAUCUUACAAUGUUGUACGAAUGGCAAUCAUCCAAAGAGAUGGGAAGAAACAGGAAUAGAUGUUUCAAAAUGGGAAACACUGACACAGCUCAAUACUUGAAAGACAUUAGAGGAGGAGGUAGUAAAAAAAAAAAAAAACAUGUUUUAAAUUCACUGGUAUAACCUGGUGGGCAUCAACACCACCCCAUGCUUGUUCCCUGUCACUUUCAAGAGGACAGUGCCACAGCGCUCAUGCUGUGCUCUGCGAGGAUCACUGCGAGAUUGACAACUGACAGGAGUGUCUAGUUGGCUCUUCCUAAGCACUUAGUUCAUCUGGUUGCGGCUGAGUGAUAUUAAUGCCAAUAUUACAUGGGCCAGAUCCUGACUCUGGAGUUUUAAUCCCAAUGUGCCCAUUAGAUUUCACUAAAUAUAAAUACGUAGACACGUUGAACCAGGGAGGUUAAAAGAGCACAGGACCAGAAUCCCUAAAACUGGUUAACUGUUCUAUGGUGGACCUUUUAAAGUAGACCUCAUCAUAAUGCUGUUUUAGGAGUGGGGGUUGUUUUGUCGUUUCAAGUUGAGGAAGACGUUUUACAUCUCACACCACUCUCGGCUUCGUCUUAACCUCAGGGUGAAAAGGACUUUACCAUCCCCCAGUAUCGUCUCAUCUGUUGCUUUCACAAGAACUCAAAACGGGCUUCUUUCCUAGAAUCAGAGGGCUCAGCAGCCAGACCUAUCCCAUUUCCGGGCAGGACUUCCUGGAACUGAUCCAAAAGGACCACCACCCUUCCCUUUUCUGAAGAAAAUCUUAAGCCCUGCCAUAGGGUUAACCACAAUUCUCAUAGCUUAUAAAUUCUUUCUGUACAGCCUAUGUGCCUCCUAUUGGAAAACUUGGAUACAAAAUUUGGGUAAAGCGUCUAUCCCAGUUUUCAGCAGGUAGUAAACACUCACUAAAUGGCAGCUUUUACCGUUACUUCUAUUGUUAGUUGUGCCCUUGACUUACAGUUGCAGCACAGAGAAAUGCAGCCUCUAGCUGAUCAUACACGAUCUCUUUUUGUUUUUGAGGACUGUUUCAAAGGUCAAACCUAUGUAAACCACUGUCGAGACCAAAAGACCUGAGUCCUGAUUAGAAAGGCAGUGGUGUAAGUAACCAGAACGCCCUGGCCUGUGUGGUCAAGAGCAGUGAAAUGGGCAGACAGGACUAUUGAGUUCCCCCUCCUGAUUCAACUCAGAUACAAAUCCCUGGCUUUUGCACUGCCCUUGCUUUGCUGGUUCUAGGUUAAGUGCAUCCUUUUAUCAGAACCUUUCAUCUUUUAGGAUACUCACAGCAGAAUCCACCCUCAGCCAUUGGAAUGAAUUUUACCAUAAAGUCCUCAAGGCUGUCUACACAUGAUACCAACACAAAUGACCAAUUCAGUCGCAGAGGGGAAAAAAAAAACCCACAAACAUUUAGUGACCUGCUUAAUGCCAGUCCCUCAGUUUUGCAUUGGCUGUUCUGAGAGUCAUGUGCAGGGAUUGUAAACCAGGGGAUUCAGGACUAAAAUGUGGUACCAAGAAUUCCUCCCACACCCAGAAAUCCUUCCCAUAUUUGAUGAUUAAAACAUUUGUGGCUCCUCUGCCUUUGCUUCUGGGUCUCAAGUGUCCUUGACCAUUAUAAAAGUGCUGUGUGUUUAGUAGUGUUGUGUGCCUAGCAGUGCUGUGACUGCUGUACCAUGGUGUCAGGUGACCUUGGUGUCAGGCAUGUGACCAUGAGGCUGCCAGCCAGGAUAUGCAAGGUGAGAGGUCCCUCCAGCCUCCUUGUGUCUGGAUCUCCAAUUAUCCACGAAUAUGAGUGCCAUGACUAACCUAAUUUGGUGGGACGCUAAGGAAUGGAAGAGCUUUUCUUCUGACUUUGGGCUAAGCAGUAAUUUUUGGACACUCUCAAACAGCAAAGAAGGGUGGCCUGAGGCCAGAGGAAGCAGGGACAGAACUGUAGAAACAUGGGAUAUUUGAAAUGGAAGAACCUUUCAGUUUCUCUAGUCCUAAUCCUUGAUGUUACAAAUGAGAAAUGGAGAAGCAGAGAGGCUAAGUGAUUUCCCAAGAUUGCAAGGAUAAUGAGCAGAAAAAGUAUGACUCCUCAUCUCCUCCUUAUCAGCAUGUAAUGAAGAUGGGCACAAAAAGAAAGUGAUUUUGGUCUGGGGUCCUCAUGGCACAGAAAACAAGUAGUCUGUAAAGGAAGAAAAUUUAUCCCUCUCCCACAAAAAGCAUUUAUUUGUCAAUACAAAACAAUAAGGGAGAUGGUUGCCUAGGCAUACAACAGUCCACGGGUAAUAUCCUACAUUCUCCUUCCCCUAAAAUAAGAGAAAACCAACUUGGUAAGUCAUGAUUCUGGUAAAUCACAAUUUAGUUACUGAUAGUUCACAGUUGAUAGCUGGAAUUUUAUCCAAGACUCUAUUCACUUAUAAAACCUUGUUUUAGAAAUACGUAUGCACAAUUUAAAAGCUGAAUACUGAGAAUAGUUAUGUACUUCUUUUUAAAAAUCUUUAUCAAUUUAUUUAACCUCAAAAAAAUGGUUCACUCAUUGUAUUUCUCCAUGUAUAUAGUUUUCAGCUGGGGCCUGUUGAGAUAAGGAAUACCUUUUGUCAAUUCAUUCCACAUCGUAAGUAAUUUCAAGAGCAGACUUUACAUUAUUGCAUUUAGUUCAAAAUGCUAAGAAGAUGUGUAAAUAAUAGUAAAUAAUUUGGGCCGCGUCUUCAUGUGCAAAAUGACAGACCAGUUUUCUAUAUAAAUCUGCAUCUCUGAAUUGUUUUCCUCUAAUGGUUUAAAUGUACCAAGCAAAAGUAUCUGUGUAGCCUCUACUUCCCCCUGAAUACACAGAACUGUCCUUUUGCUUACAAAGAGAGUUGGGGCCGUGUAUGUGGCUGAAAAACCCAGAUGGAACAUGACAAGUGCCAGAGACUUAGGUGGCCCUGGGCCACCUGACUGAUGUGACUGGGCUCUGUGGCCCAAUUAAUCAGGGCCACAGGUGAAUUGAUGACAAGGACCAAAAUGACUAAAUAUUGCUUUGCCACAUAAGUCUAACGUUUGAAAUGGGAAACCUUUUAGAACGUCAUUAUUGUAUUAGAGAGUAUUUCUGAAAAUUUGUUUUUAUUGUGAUUAUUAUUAUUGAAGAUACAUGUUUUAAUAGAUGUUUUAUCCUCAAUGAAGCCCGUUCUCAUGCUGUUAAUUACAGCGGAAUCAUAGGGAAGAGCCUGUCGCAGAAAAGCUGACUCCAAUCUAAGAUGACAAUGGGGUGAUGGGGUUAGGACCUGGAUUAUGCUGCUGAUCCACCAGCAAACAAAGCUGGAUGAUGUGAGGAGCUCUUUAAAACACUCUUCCUCCCCACACCAGACCUUUGACUCAGAAUGUGCUGGGAUAAGCUAAGCUUACAAAGAUUCCCAGGUGAUUCUGAUGUUGCCAGCAUUGGGAAACAAAUAACAUAUAGCCAAGUCACAUAUACCAUUUUGACCAAAGUAGCUGAAUGCUUAUCACUCCUCAUGUAAUUAGUAGCCUAUCUGUCCCUUAAAGUUAUCAUAAUACCCGGCAAUAUAGACACAGUCUUAGUGACUCAACUACUCAAGUUGUGUUUUGGCUGAAGUGACCUGUCACUAAUUUGUAAGCAAAUAGUAACUGGUUAAUUUAGUCAGAAUGGACGCAAGCCUGAAGACAGAGCGAGGGACAUAGCUUUAAUAUACUUUACCCCAAGGCCAGCUCUUUAUAUUUCACUUUUUAUAUUUCAAACUAAGAGGCAGAUCUCAGGUCAAUCAUCUUUACAGAUAGACAGACUGAGAAACAGAGAAGUUAAGUGGUUCAUUCAGAUUCUACUUGGAUGUCAUUCCCAGAGCCUAAAAUAUUCCUAAAGGGGCCUGAUUUCUCAACCUACAGGUAAUUCCCCAAAUACAAAGAUCCUCAGGCUAAAAUGAAACCAAUCAAGAAAGGAAAUUCAAGAAGUUAAAAUUUUACAACCAACUGAGUAUAAAAUUCUAAGACCAGCUGAACGGGUUGGCACUGGCGGCCAGCCUCUGUUGAAUAAGGUGAUACCAUUCUAAUGUGGUUUGGGCCAGGCUCAUUUUGACAGCUGUGCACAUGCAAAGCCUUUAAUCAUCAGAGAUACUAAAGGGCUCCUGUGAUUUUCCUUCCAUGGGGCUCAGAGACGAUUGUAGCUCUUCAGUGUGCUGCUCAACUUUUAACAACUGGAUCUGGAGAAAGUGGGGCCCUGAUUUGUAGCAUUUGCCAAUUUCCAUGGUAUAAAUACUGUCAGCAUAGAGUUUCAAGCUACUAACUUGAUGUCAACCAGCUGAAUAUGUAAAAACGUGUUUUCAGGAGCCAAUACGAGCUGGCUCCAGCACCGCACUGCCUGAACAACUUCUGAGUCAGUGAGUCCCAAAUGGGAGAGGCUAGCAGUGGCUUUGGAGAAACUCCCAAGUGCCCCCUCCCUGCAAGGAGGCGUUUCUACUUCGGUUAGAUCUACUAAUUUUUCGUAUAUUAUUGUGUCCUUGAAGCUAAGGACCCUAAGGUGUUCAAAAUAUUUCCUAGCCAUGUGACUCUUAGGAACCUCUCAACAGACCACUCAGUACUUUGAGAGAUAACCAGCCACGGUUUUUCUAAUUUCUACGGAUGAAUUUCCAGGUAAACAUUUUUUAAUUUAACUGCCCGUUGAAACCAUGUUUGGCUGAUCUUUUCUCAUAUCUUAUAGUCCAUUACCUGUUUCCCCAGAUCUCUAAUUUUCCCUGUCCACUUGCUCCUCAUUCUUCUGACACAGCAUCCAGAAAUCAGCACUUGCACGGAAGCAAGGGAAGAACAGACAUCCAGUAAGCUUACCUAGACCUACCACCCUUAGAGAGUCUCCUUUCUUCAAGUGUCUCUACCCCAGUAGGGGACACCUGCUAAGCCUCAUGCCCAAGGCUUGAGUAUGCGUUCGGCUGGGCUUUCUUUGGCCUCAAAAAGUUUCUGACUGGCUGUAAACAGCACAAAUAAGAACACCACUGGGCAAACUUUGUAGAGGAAGGCAUCAUGUGACGCCUUGCCCUUAGCUAUGCUAGUGUAAGGCAGGACCCGGAAAAAACCUACCAAAUCAAACAUUUGGCCACUACCAUCCCCUGGGCAUUGAGAAGUAGUUGUACUAUAAACUUCCUUCUUCUUCCUACUGGUUGUAAGGGAAUUUCCUACUUACAGAGUGUUUAGAAAUCAAAUACUCUGGUGAGCCACAGAACAAGCUUUGUUUGCAAAUUAAAGGUUUUCCUGUUCUUAGGUGAAUUUGAUUAAAUCCUUUGGAAGUCAAUGCUGGAAAAAUAAUGUAUUUAAUUCCUCAAACGUAGUAAGUGGACAUAGGCUUUUAUUCUGUAUGUAGUAAAUCAAAGCUAGAUUAUAAAGGACAAAAUCUAGUUUUCUUGCUGUCGUAAAAUAUCCUACAGGGUCUAUAACAUGUUUCUAGACUAUAAAUGUUUGAAACUCAACUUGAACAUUGUCUAUCUUAUGUUUAAAAGGCCAGGGUAUCCCUCUGUUUUCUGUGCUCCUUAACAGCCAUUGAAAUGAGCUUGCUUCUCUAUACUGAAUAAGCUACAUCUUGUUUUAAAUGGAUCAGGUACAUGUUCAGAUGUUUUUCUGUAUUCAAAACAAAUUGCAUGUAACCUGGGCACAAAAUACACCUUCAUCCCCUGGCUCUUUUCUGGACACCAAAGAGAUAAGGCCAUAGCUACAAGCAGAAGGGAGUUGACAGAAGGCCCCAUCUUAUUAUGAACAAAUUCACAGUAAAACCAGCCUUGAGGAAUGAGUCACUCCCAAAAUAUAUUUAGCCAGGGAAAUAGGUUAGAAAAAUGGGUAGACGAUGGGAGAGAGGUUUGUUCAAUGUGUAGAAGUGGAAUAAAGUCAUGGAAAUACUUACAAAAAGGAAAGGGAAGUUUCCCUCUGAUAUCUGGAAUCUAGACCAUUUUGCAAGACUUAGAAUAAUUGGUCUCCGUGUCUAAACACUCUUUAACCAUGUUUCAAAAUCCAGGUCUCAGCCCUUAUUAUACAGAAAAUCAGCCUUAGAGCCAGGAGCCCUGGGAGGGGGUUAUUGAUGAGCUGAGAUCCAAUCACCAAGCAUCAGCAAUUAGCGCUGAAAUUCUCCAAGGACACAAAACAAAAAUAUUGAAACAUCACAAUGCAGCAUCGUUUGUUCACAUAGGAGAAUCAACUACAUGCCUAGCAGAACUUCACAGAUCUAGACACUAUCUCAGGUCUAGAUUCCAGAUCAACAUCUUCAACAUGGAGAUGAGACAGCUGAGGGUCAGAGAGUAGAAGUGACUUAUCUGCCCAGCUAGUUAAAAGCAAUCAGAGUCAGGGUCUCCCAAACCAUGGAUUCUACUACAGCACACCAUGCUGCCUCCACUCUGUAGGGGGGAGGCUGACAAUCCACUGUAAAGCAUAAAUCAGAAGUCCAGACGAAAGAAUGUUUGCGAUGUCUUCUCUCACUUAACCUACUUGGUUUCACCACUUCAUUUUAGCCUCAUUUUAAAGAAUGCUAUACCAAUGUAGAAUGAACAACCAAGCUCUUUUCAGAGUAAUGAUGAAACCGAAAGGUCAAAGGUGGGAGAACAGUGAAUGUAAGUUAUUAACGAAAUGGGCAAGAAGCAUGUGUCAGGGAAAAUCAAUGCUUCUUCCGUUGUCAUAACCACGGAGCCCUCCCCUCACACACUUGACGCAUUUAUUUUGGAAAACGCCAUCUUACGCUGAGACACUGGCAUUGAAGACUUCACUCCUUCUCGCCUACAUCAGAAGUACUCUCACUCUUCGGGAGAAGCCGUGGCCCUCAGGAUCAGACUCACAUCUCCUGUGACAGGCAGCCUCAGCUGCCCUCAGAAACAAGCUGCCAGACUGACAGGGCCACGGAGACCCGAAAGGAGCCAGCCCUGCUGGACUGAGGAACAUGUAAAUAUCUUCUGCCUUCUUGGUGAACAGAGAUGAUCAUCUUUCUUUUGUAGGGGUAAUUGUGUGUAUAUUGUGACUAGUUUGUGAAGAAAAUGCAAUGAUUUGCUUUGACAGCUCCCCAAAUGUACCUGUUAAGUGUGAAUGUGCCUGCCUCAUUGCCUCAUGUGCCAAACACAGUACUGAAUGCGUUGUUUUUAAAUAAACUGUUUUACUGUGCAUUGGAAAAC